AUGCAACCUGAGGGAGGAGUCUGAGCGCAGGGGAGUCUCUCACUUCGGCUAAACUUCUCCACCUUUCCCCCUCAGUGAACAGAGGAUGUGACCUGUCUGUUGGAUAUUUAAAGAUUGGAAAGGGUUUCAGUGUUCGUAUUUUAGUGAAUGAGGAUUAGUGCGCAGUUGAUCUCCAAAAUACGCGCCGCGUGAAGGAAGGAAUGAGGGUGAGUUCAGGUGCACGAGCUGCAGCCUGUUGAUCUGCCUUUUAAUUUGAUUUCACAACGAGGACGUGCGGAGGCGAUCUAAGAGAUGGAUGCAGAAACAACCGUCUGGUUCUUGUUGGAGACGUGGUUCUCCUUCCUGCAGCUCCUCCACAUGAGACCUGGAGAGCGCUGCGUCUCCAGCCCCAACUGACCCCCCUCUACUGUCUCAGACGCAGAGGGGAGGAAUCAUGUCUGCAGGCCGCAGAAAGCUCUGCGUGAUCAUGAUGCUCAACGUCUUCGUCUGCCUCCUGGUUUGCGUCACGUGGAACCUCCGGCGUCACAAAAGUGGCCGCCACAAAGUUCGAAUCCCAUCCGAGAGGUUCUGGCACAGGCAGGAAGAGAGUAAAUCCUUCUGGAACAAGGAGCAGCAGCGCCUGGACUUCCUCUUCAACCCCAUUGUGAACUCUUUGCUCUCGAGCGACUCCCUCAUCGAGCUGCCUGAUUGGCUGAAUAACACCGGGCCCCCUGACCUCUGUGAGCCGGAUAACAGAGUCCCAAUGCAAAUUAUGGACUACAACUCCCUGCCAAAGGGCUUCCAGGAUUUUCUUUUGCACAUGCGCUGCAGGACAUACCCCAUGCUGAUAAACCAGCCUCAUAUCUGUAAGGGAAAACCCUUCCUGCUGCUGGCGGUCAAAUCCCUGAUCCCACACUUUGACCGGCGGCAGGCCAUCCGUGAAACAUGGGGUCGGGCGGGGGUCAUAGCUAAUCGCUCAGUGGUGACGGUGUUCCUGCUAGGCAACACCUUGCCCGUGGAUCACUUCCCAGACCUACUGGGGAUGCUGGACCACGAGGCGAAGCUCCACAAAGACGUCCUCCAGUGGGACUACCGGGACACCUUCUACAACCUCACCCUGAAGGAGGUCCUGUUCCUGGAGUGGUUCAGCGAACACUGCCCCCACGGCCAGUUCAUCCUGAAGGGUGACGACGACGUCUUCGUCAACACCGUACGGAUUGUAGACCUCCUGGAGGGCCUGCCGGAGAAAAAAGCCAAGGAUCUGUUCAUAGGUGAUGUUAUCAAUGACGCCGGUCCUCACAGGAACCGGAGACUCAAGUACUUUGUCCCAGAGAGUGUGUUUGUGGGGCUAUACCCGACUUAUGCAGGUGGUGGAGGAUAUCUGUACUCGGGGGAGUUGGCUCUGCGUCUCCACAACGCAUCCAGGCAGGUGGUGCUUUAUCCCAUUGACGAUGUCUACACGGGGAUGUGUCUGAAGAAGCUGGGCCUGGCUCCUGAGAAGCAUGAAGGCUUCAGGACGUUUGGCAUUGAUGCGAAGUACAGGGACAACCCGUGCGUCUACAGGAACUUGAUGCUGGUGCACAGCUGCACGCCACAGGAGAUGUUGGCCAUCUGGCCGUGGAUCAUCCACCCGGAGCUGGCCUGCCAGUGAGGGUCAAGUCAGGUAACUUUAUGGAUUUAUGAAAAGAACAGGAUACAGAGUUGGAGGUGGGACCCCGUUUUGUCCAAUGAAAGUUGCUCAGUAGUGUGUGAAGCCAAAAUGGUCUGACUCGAGUACAAAAAUGUUUUCCCAAAUUGUGAUUAAUAAAGAACAUCUUAUUUUAAAAGUACCCGUAUCUGGGCCCAUAGAGCAUGGGCACUUAUGUGUUGCUUAAGCCUCGCCUCCUAUCUCCUAUUCUUGGCUCAGUCAAAUUAAUGGAGAGGUAAAAUAAUCCUGAAUUUAGCUUUUAGCCCAUUUUACAACUUUUACACCCUAAUGAUUUAAAUAAGCGCUAUAGAGUGUACGUGAUGGGUAGAUUUACAGACAUGACAACGGGAAAACGUUUUUUCAGCCCAAUUAAAUCGCUGUCUGACAGAAGAUGUAAUACCGCCGUUUGGCCACUGCGAAUAGAAUUUGCUUCAAUAUCCGGCACACUUUCUGGGGGCCUAGGUUACUCCAUACAUUGGGAAAGAGACAUCUGUAUUAUUUUUUUAAGUUAAGUAAACUACCCAGUACAAACACUUUUAAAUACCUCUUCAAAUCAAUGUUAUAGACCUCUUCAAAUCAUUAGGGUCUUAAAGUUGUGAAAUGUGCUAAAAGCUAAAUCCCCUCUCCAUUAAUUUGACUGAGUCGAGAGCGGGAAAUCGGAGUUAGGGCUUAAGGAAAACUCAAGUGUGCUCAAUAGGCCCAGAUCCAGGAACUUUUUUAUCUACUGUCACUCCAUUCGUGGACCCGUAUCCAAUUCUCUUUAUACAUCCAUAGGUUACUCCCGUAGGGUCUUUGGGGCACUUCGAUGACUCCCUAUCUGCCUCCAAAUACCCUGAUUUUCCGCCAGUCUCAUGCACUCCACUGCUGUUUUCCACAUCUUUCUGUUAGUCAGCCAUUCUGUCCUUGGUAUUCAUGCACCGCCUUUAAAUGUUCCUGCUGCUCCAUAUCUUAUCUAUGUUAAACAUAUACCUGAGGCCGCCAGUGAACACCUGCAUAUGUGUUUGCACUAUUGAGAUUACAACACCUUGUUAAAUGGGUUGCAGCGACCUGAAAUCAGUCCUGUCUAGAGAGAGUCAUGCAACAAUUGCACAUAACACAAUAUUUUGUGUAAGAUCUUUCAAUGGCAUGGCCUUGUCCUGUGAGUAGGGUUGCAAACGGGCGGAACAUUUCCGGUAAAUUUCCGGAAAGUUUCCACGGGAAGUUCUGCUGGGGAAUUUUGGAAAUAUUCGAUGCAAAAUUAAACAAAAAACAUGACAUUUCAACAGAUUUUUUUAUUUUUUUAACGGAACAAGUUUUAUUUAUUUUACUGAACAAUUAUUUGUUUAAUUGAAGAACGAAAACAGGAAUGUUGAGUUAAAUAUUACUCAUCUGUGCAUGUAAUGGAGGAAUGCACAGUGCCUAUAGGGGGUGUGGUCUCAAUAGCCAUGCAGUAAGCGGUGUGCUAUGGGCCUGGCAUGGAUAUUCAAGUGUACUUGAAUGGCAUCUGUUUGUUUUAGUCAAGAUUAUGCUAAAAUGUACUUUCCCCAACUAUAUUUAAGUUCCCUAUGAAGAGCCAACCUUCAAUUUUGAAAAUUCCCAGUUUAUUCCCAUAAAUUCCCGUUUAUUCCCAGGGCAAGUUUCCAUCUUUGAAAAUUCCCGGAAUUUUGCAACCCUGCCUGUGAGUGAAUCAUACAGUGAGUUACAUACAGACUUUUAAAGGGUAUACAUGUUGUAAAACCCCCUCUGUACCAUAAACCUGCUUUCAACGAGACGUAUACACUGCAGGGAAUUUCAAGGAUAGUUUAUUUCUCCUCCAACAGAUCCUUAACUUUUAUUGUUAUAAAACAUGCCAUCCGAUACCUUAAAACAUCUCAUUCACAAAGAUAAAAUACUUUGGGACUAUACAGUAUUUAUAACCGUUAAACAAUUUAUAUUCCAAUCCUCAAGUCCCAGCAAAACCUGUGAGUUAGUCAUAUUUUAUUUUAGUUAUCAACAGUGUUUUUAAGCGGUCUCGACACAUCUAAUAUUUGCGUUUCAACUAUCAGUAUAAUACUUGAAAGUAAGCAUUUGGGAAACUGACCAAACAAAAAUUACCCCUUGCUAAUGUUAGCCAGAUAGCAUAUGCACACAAUAGUUUUUUAAAUCAAAAUGCAUGCAUUCAUGCCAACUGUACACAAACCAGUGUUAGUGGUAAAAGAUAGGUUUUUGGUACGUAGGGUGUGAAGAAAAACGUUGGUAACUGAUAUUUUCCUACAUUUAUCACAACGUUUACUACUACUGCUUCUACUAAAAGGAGAUGAACUCUGAUCCCACACAGACUGUUUUCUGUAAAGCCAAAACAAGACGACAGAGUUUAUACAUUAAAAAUCUACAUUUUGUAGUUAUUAUUAAAUGCUCAGUGCUGUUUUUAACAUCUCAAAUGUGAUGUUGCUGCUGUGACUGUGCAUUCAUUCUCUGUAUUUAUAUUUUAAUAAUAUAUUGUAAGCAAUACAUGUGUUUUUCCAUUACCUUCAUCAACAGAUGUGUUUGGGUUCACGGUCCUGUUUUCAAUGGUUUGUUUAAAUGGUUUUGAUGAUACAGAUCUGUUCCAAUGAGAAUAAAAAAAUAUGUCUUGUG